AUGAGAUAUUGAUGUCAAAUAUACUUCCAAAAUAGAGUCACAUUCGCCGGAAUACGAAUUCAAUGGGUAUUCGGCAUGUACUGUGCAGUUUUAACUUUGAUUUUUAUUUUCGUUAUGCUUAGGGUAGUCCUAUGCUUGGUUUCUCCUCACCAAUUUUUAUAUGUUCAGACAGAUCAUACACUAGAGCGAAUUUGAGGGUUUGUCCCGCUUUUAAUUUUAACUUUUCUGUCAUGGCCUUCUAUAGGUCUACUAUACGCUAUAUCUGAGUUAGAAACUCCUCUUAUUACUGUAAAAUGCAUUGGUCAUCAGUGGUACUGAGAGUAUGAAUAUUCGGACUUUGCAGUAAUUACCUACAACUCUUAUAUAGUCCCUGAAAAAGAGUUAAGCUUAGGAGAACCGCGGUUGUUAACUGUAGAUAAAUCCAUGGUGCUACCUUUUUCUGUUUGGUGUCGGGUAUUAACUACUUCGUUUGAUGUAAUUCACUCAUGGACAGUUCCGGCUUUUGGGGUCAAGUCCGAUGCUGUUCCUGGCCGACUUAGAGAGUCUAGAGUUAAAGUAGAAAUACCCGGGGUAUUUUGAGGUCAGUGCUCUGAAAUUUGUGGAGCUUUACAUAGAUUUAUGCCAAUUCGAGUAGAAGUUGUUAGGUGUCGUGUAUUUGAGCAGUGAAUGAGAGUGCUUGAGGACGUAAUAGCGUAG